CCUCGCCCUUCAAGCUAAAACACUCCGAAUUGUCCGCACGAAGUAACCGCACCUAACGUGCACGUGACUUGUGAUUUUUUUUCUCGGGUAAGGAGUGUUCUAAUUUAAUCGACAUGGCAAGCUGCAGGCUGUUCGGCGCCCUUGCGCGUUAUUCUCGCAACGCAAAUUUUAUGAUACGCACAGAUUUAUACAAACCGUUACGAACAUUAGCCACUGAAGCAAAUAUGAAACAUUUAAAAUACAAAACCAUAGGCGAUGUAGCUGUUAUCACUAUAGAUUCACCAGGUACCAAUACUAAUACGGUAAACCAUGAAGUGAUAGCAGAAAUAGAAGGAGCGAUAAAAGAAGUUCAAUCCAAUUCGGCAGUGAACUCAGCGGUUUUUAUCAGCGGCAAGCCAAACAAUUUUAUAGCUGGUGCAGACAUCACUGUCUUGCAAUCUAUUCCGGACGCAGAUACCGGUUACAAAAUAGCGAAGCAGGGCCACAGAGUUUUAGAUCUUAUAGCAAACAGCAAGAAGCCGUUUGUUGCGGCCAUUAACGGCACGUGUUUUGGUCUAGGAUGUGAGCUAGCGUUAGCGUGUCAUUACCGACUUGCUGUGAACAACAAGCAAACCAGAUUGGGAUUACCAGAAGUGAUGCUCGGGAUCCUUCCUGGUGGUGGCGGUACUCAGCGUUUGUUUCAGUUAGUUCCUCUUCCUACCGGACUGGAUAUGGUACUCACCGGCAAAUCGCUCAAAGCCGACAAGGCCAAGGAACUCGGACUGGUCGACAUUGUGGUGAAUCGUCUCGGUCCCGGACUCGCAUUACCCGAGGAAAACACACUAAGGUACUUGGAAGAAAUCUCGGUCAGGGCUGCGCGAGAGAUUGCGAGCGGACAAUUGAAAGUCGAGCGGGGUUCGAAGUCUCUCAUGGAGAAAAUGAUGCAGACGGCUUUAUCGUUCAGUUUUGUCAAAGAUCAGGUAUUCAAGAAAGCGAAGGCCCAAGUCAUGAAGGCAACAGGCGGCUUAUAUCCAGCACCCCUCAAAAUUCUAGAAGUAGUGAGAGUCGGUUUGGAUAAAGGCCCUGUCGCUGGAUUCGAAGCUGAGGCCAAGGCAUUCGGUCAGCUUUUAGUCACUCCGGAAUGCAAAGGUCUCACCAGUCUGUUUUUCGGUCAGACUGCCUGUAAGAAAAAUCGUUUCGGUCCGCCCAAGAAUGCAGCCAAAAAAAUUGCUGUAGUCGGCGCUGGAUUGAUGGGCGCAGGUAUCGUACAGGUCAGCAUCGACAAAGGCUACGAUGUUAUUAUGAAGGAUACCAAUGACGCCGGAUUGUAUCGCGGCAUGAAUCAGAUUCAAAAGGGAUUGGAGGCUGCUGUAAAGCGCAAAAGAAUUUCCUCUAUCGAAAAGGAUAAGCAUCUUUCUCAUCUUGACGCGACAUUAAAAUACGAUUCCUUCAAGGAUGCGGAUAUAGUAAUCGAAGCGGUGUUCGAAGAUAUCGGUAUCAAGCACAAAGUUCUGAAGGAGAUAGAAGCAGUAGUGCCGAGUCAUUGUGUUGUCGCGUCCAACACAUCCGCGAUUCCCAUCACAAAAAUUGCGGCCGGUAGCAGUCGUCCCGACAAGGUCAUCGGCAUGCACUAUUUCUCACCCGUCGACAAAAUGCAGCUGCUGGAAAUUAUAACGCAUAAAGAAACAUCCGAGGAAACCAUCAGAACUGCUGUAGAUGUCGGUCUGAAACAAGGCAAAAUCGUGAUUACGGUUGGUGAUGGUCCCGGAUUUUAUACCACGAGAAUACUGUCUGCCAUGUUAUCAGAAGCCGUUAGAUUGUUGCAGGAAGGCGUGGAUCCUGUAGACUUAGAUAAGCUAGCAAAGAAAUUUGGUUUCCCGGUCGGCCCAGCUACUUUAUCCGACGAGGUCGGUAUAGACGUGGGUGCUCACAUCAGUGUCGACCUCGAGAAGUCUCUUGGCGCCCGUUUUAAGGGAGGAGACGUUAACAUUCUUGCCGACAUGGUCAAAGCCGGUUUUCUCGGACGCAAGUCUGGCAAGGGUAUAUACAUAUAUGAAACCAAGUCCAAGAAUAGGGACGUGAAUCCUGGCGCGUUGGAUAUUCUGAAGAAAUAUCAAAUUGAACCUAAGGGUAGUACGACCAACGAGGAUCGUCAGUUGAGAAUGGUCUCGCGAUUUAUCAACGAAGCAGUGCUCUGCUUGCAAGAAAAUAUUUUGGCUAAUCCCGUGGAAGGUAACAUAGGUGCUGUGUUUGGAUUGGGUUUCCCACCAUUCUCGGGUGGACCAUUCCGCUGGGUAGACGCAUACGGCGCUCAUAGACUGGUCAAGAAGAUGGAGGAAUAUCAGAAUCAUUACGGUGAGACUUUCAAACCAUGCCAAAUGUUGCUUGACAUGGCCGCCGAUCCGAAGCGAAAAUUUCACUCGCAGUAAAAAGAUUUUACAUAAUUAAUUUGUUAUUGAUACAAUUUUGUCAAUGCUCAUCCAAGAACUACUAUUGUAGUUGUUCGCUUCGACAUCGAAAAGCAUAAAAAAUGGAUGCGCGAGAAAACCUUUUGUAUUCUUACAACUUAAUUUAGAGCAAAUAUUAUAUGGGUGAUUCUCUGUGAACGCGUAAAUUUCAACUUUCAUUUUUGAUAAAAAAAUUAUUAUUAUUAAACUAACGGAUAGCGAUGAAUAUGAAACUAUGCAAUAUAAAAAACUUAUCUAUUUUUUAUAUUAAUAUAUUAAUAUACCACGGAGAUUACAGUCUAUGGAGAUUACGUUUUUUUGAAAAUUAUCCAUAACUCGUGAUUUUUUGUUUGUAUAUAUAUAUAUAUCUAUAAGAUUUAUAUAUGUUAUUUACUCGAGAUGUAAUGCGAUGUUACACACGCAAGUUGUGAGACAGAAAGGGUUAAUAAUAAUAUGCUACGCAUAAUGCGUAGAGAGACUGUCGCGUCUUAUAGAGUACACACAUAUUUUUGAAAUUGAAAUUUACACAGCUCGUUCACUCGCGACUUUCUGCAAACAUGUUGUAGAUAGCGUCGAGCAUUUAUUAUUUUUCGAGAGUUUUAUAUGCUGCAUUAUAAUACUCUUACAUCUGCGUACAAUCCAUUUAUACAUAUAUAUACACAUACACAAAGUGCAGCCAAGUUAUACAUAUAUAUGGGUGAUUUUCUGUGAACGCGUAAAUUCCAACUUUCAUUUUUGAUAAAAAAAUUAUUAUUGUUAAACUAACGGAUAGCGAUGAAUUAUGUUUUUUUUAUACCAUUUUAAGUUAUUAUUCGUAAUAUGAAUACAUAACUAUGCAAUAUAAAAAACUUAUCUAUGUUUUUUAUGUCAAUAUACCACGGAAAUUACGUUUUUUGAGAAU